CGGGUGGGCGGUUGUCUCCCGAGUGCUUGUGUUUGGUUCCUUGGUUGUGUGAGCUUGAGGCGUUUGGGUCCCAGUUUGUGUGGAGUUCUUUGUAGUGUUUGGUGUGGCGUCUGUGCGAUGUGUGAAGUUGUCAUGCCUGCUCUGUAGGCUCGAGUCUUCAUGUUGUGUGUGGUUAUGCGACGUAUACAUAAUCGUGUUGAAUUAUGUGGCGGGUGUUGUGUGCGGUCGAGGCGGUGAUGAGUGCGACUGUGGGCUGUGUAGUGUUUGCGGCAUGUAGCCGGGUAGCAUUCAUGCUGGGUGUAUAAUUUGAGGAUAUGUAGGUUUUAUGUUUAUUUUUAGCGUGGUGUAGGGUGUGAGGGGCUUGCAUAUGUUAUGGUUGUGGGGUCUGGCUUGGUGGUUUGUAGUACAUUUCUUUGGUUUGUGUUGUGUUUGGUUAUGUGAUUUUAGAGUUCGUUCACGCAUUCAUUCAUUCUUGAGGCUUUAUUGCGUUUCUUCAUGGGGAUAAGGUGGUGGGAAAAACGCACAUGGUCUCUGCCCUUACAGAACUUAGAGUCUUAUGUACUUAGUUAUUUUAUGUAUUUGUGAUUAUAAAUUGAUAUAAGUGCCCUGAAGGAAGUGCAGGAGCUGUCCCAUGGUAGAAUGCCUCAAUAAGGGGCAUUUCCUUGAGGAAGUAAGUUUGGGUUGUGAUGUGAAGGGCGUGCGUGUAUGUGUGUGUGUGUGUAGUGUGUGUGUUUGAUUUGUGGUUGUUAGGGUGAAUGCAUGGGAAGGAAGGGGGCUUUCAGAGUCAGGGCAUCUGAUGAACCACUAGCUGGGGUGGGAACUGGAGCUACUAUUUCAGUGACUGGAAAAGGGACUGAGAUCUGUGUGUAUAUAGUCAUGGGGUUUCUUAGAGGAAAAAAAACAGGGUCCUGGUGUUUCAUUUGUUUAUUUUCUGGGUCACAGCUACCCUUCAGUUUUGAGGACCAGGCAUUCCCUCUUCACAGGCCCUCUCAUCAGCUCCAUCCAAAGCUGAGGGUCAUGUAUUUCCCCUUACUCUUUCCUGUAGUUUGUGACCUCAGGAUUUUGCGGAGAAAUUUCUCCACUUUUGUGGAAUGGUUUUGUCUGGAUUCUCCCUAUGACUGGGAGUUUUUCUGAGGUGACAUUGGAAGUGACUUUGCCAUGGCCCAGUAAAAGUGAAAAUGUAACUUAAUUAAGCCCUGAAUUGUUUAAGCACCAAAUCCUUUUGUUUUUGAAGCAGUGAGAACAUUAGGCUUGCUGUUCAACUGUCAUUUAUUGGCUUAUAAAAUCUAGUAAACUCAUUGUAGAGAAAAUACUCUACAAAUAUAAAGCAAAAAGUAGAUUUUUCUUUUUACCACUGGGUUUCUAAUGCUCCUCCUUAGACUAAGGUUGGGAUUUUUGUUUGGUUGGUGUUGGUUUUACUUUUGUUUGUUUUUUUAGGGCAGACACUAUUUCUUUUUCUAUUUGCAUUUUUGACAUAUGUGUAAGAGCUCAGUACAUGUGGUUGGUUAAAUGACCAGGGUGAAGAGUCAAAAAUUUCUGUAUGUUGAGCUUCUCCUACUCCAAAGAGGAAACCUCAUCCAGGGCCAUGAUACCACUUCUCCAUCAUCUGUGUGCUGCUUGGUUAAGCUAAUGCUGUGAGAGCCCUGGUCCCUUGUGGAGAAAUCAAGCUGACUGUUGGCAUGAGGCCCCUGUCUUGCAGGGGUUGAAAGGGACACUGCUAUGGCUUCUCUGGAUGACCCUGGGGAAGUGAGGGAGGGCUUCCUUUGCCCUUUGUGCCUGAAGAACCUGCAGUCUUUCUAUCAGCUUCAGUCACAUUAUGAGGAAGAGCACUCUGGGGAAGACCAUGAUGUCAAAGGGCAAAUUAAAAGUCUUGUCCAGAAGGCUAAGAAAGCCAAGAACAGGCUGUUGAAACGAGAAGAUGACCGAGCAGAAUCAGGGACACAAGGAUAUGAGUCUUUCAGUUAUGGAGGGGUCGACCCUUACAUGUGGGAACCCCAGGAACUAGGCGCUGUGAGAAGCCAUCUUUCUGACUUCAAAAAACACCGAGCUGCCAGAAUUGACCACUAUGUUGUUGAAGUCAAUAAAUUAAUAAUCAGGUUAGAGAAGCUCACUGCAUUUGACAGAACGAAUACUGAAUCUGCUAAGAUACGAGCAAUAGAAAAGUCUGUGGUGCCUUGGGUCAACGACCAAGAUGUCCCUUUCUGUCCGGACUGUGGGAAUAAGUUCAGCAUCCGUAACCGCCGCCACCACUGCCGCCUCUGCGGGUCUAUUAUGUGCAAGAAGUGUAUGGAGCUCAUCAGUCUCCCUUUUGCAAACAAGCUCACCAGUGCCAGCAGAGAUUCCCUGAGCACCCACACCAGCCCCAGCCAGUCACCCAACAGUGUCCAUGGCUCCCGCCGGGGCAGUAUCAGCAGCGUGAGCAGUGUAAGCUCCGUCCUGGAUGAAAAGGAUGACGACCGGAUCCGCUGCUGUACACACUGCAAGGACACGCUGCUCAAGAGAGAGCAGCAGAUUGAUGAGAAGGAGCACACCCCCGACAUUGUAAAGCUCUAUGAGAAAUUACGACUUUGCAUGGAGAAAGUUGACCAAAAAGCUCCCGAAUACAUCAGGAUGGCAGCAUCAUUAAAUGCUGGGGAGACAACCUACAGCCUGGAACAUGCCAGUGACCUUCGAGUGGAAGUGCAGAAAGUGUACGAGCUCAUAGAUGCUUUAAGUAAGAAGAUCUUAACCUUAGGCUUGAACCAGGACCCUCCACCACAUCCAAACACUUUGCGGCUGCAGAGGAUGAUCAGAUACUCAGCUACGCUGUUUGUGCAGGAAAAGUUGCUGGGUUUGAUGUCACUGCCAACCAGAGAACAGUUUGAGGAACUGAAAAAGAAAAGGAAACAGGAAAUGGAGAGGAAGAGGAUCCUGGAGAGACAGGUUGUCCUGGAAUCCCAGCAACGGUUUGAGGAAAGGCGGAGUGACCUGGCGUCUCGUGCGGCCAACGGGGAGGUGGUGUCCCUUCGAGGGGGACCUGCCCCCCUGAGAAAGGCUGAGGGCUGGCUCCCGCUGUCAGGAAGUCUGGGGCAGAGUGAAGACUCGGACCCCCUCCUCCAGCAGAUCCACAACAUCACAUCAUUUAUUAGGCAGGCCAAGGCUGCCGGGCGGACAGACGAAGUGCGCACACUGCAGGAAAACCUGCGGCAGUUGCAGGAUGAGUAUGACCAGCAGCAGACGGAGAAGGCCAUUGAGCUGUCCCGGAGGCAGGCCGAGGAGGAGGACCUGCAGCGAGAACAGCUGCAGAGGCUUUGUGAACGGGAGUGGGAACGAGAGAGGGAGCAAUUCCGGGCCGCGUCCCUACAUACACGGACUCGGUCCCUGGACUUCCGAGAAAUCAGGCCUUUUCAGCUGGAGCCUGGCAGGGAGCCUCGUACCCACCUUGCUUAUGCUUUGGAUCUAGGCUCUUCCUCAGUUCAGAGCAGUGCAGCUGCGGAGCCCCCUGCGCCCAGCUCAGCUCUCGAGCCAGCCAGAGUGUGGUCUGGACCCCCAGCCCUUGGCCAGGAAUUCUUCCCCCAGAGCAUGAUUUCACAGCAAAAUGAGCUGGCCUCCCUAAACCCCUUCUAUGAGGAAGACCCCUCCAGCCCCACAGCAGGGGGCACUACCAGCCCUCCUGCCGCAGAGCAUUCCUUUGGCCCUUCAGUCUCCAUCCUCAAAGAAUACAAUCCUUUUGAGGAAGAAGAAGAGGAGGCUGUCGCAGGGAAUCCCUUCACUAACCCAGAUAGUUCAGCGCCCAACCCCUUUGAUGAGGAAGAUGAGCAUCCCCACCAGAGGCCCUCAAGCCCUCCUGUUCCUGGUAACCCCUUUGAGAUGGACAGUGACAGUGGGCCAGAGGGCGAGGAGCCCAUAGAGGAGGAGCUCCUCCUCCAGCAGAUUGAUAACAUCAAGGCGUACAUUUUUGAUGCCAAGCAGUGUGGCCGCCUGGAUGAGGUGGAAGUGCUGACAGAGAACCUGAGGGAGCUGAAGCGCACCCUGGCCAAACAGAAGGGGGGCACCGACUGACCCCACUGACUGUGGACGGGGCAUCUUUGGGCCCAGGGCCUGGCAGGAGCCUGUGGAGCAGGACAGGGCUGGUGGGCCCAGUGGGGAAGGAGGAAGGGUGACAACUAAGAUGCACACAGGUUAGGGCAGGGAAUCUGCUGUUUCGUGCUGUGCACUUGGAGGUUUUUCCACUACAGUUGAAUAAUAAAGUGGAAACCAGAACAGGAAGAAUCAGCAUUCAUUUGCUGUAUUUCCUGGGCUUUUUAAAAAAUAUUUUUUGUUUUUGUUUUUUUGAAUCGGGUUUUCCCUUUAGAAGGGAUUUUAAAUUUUCAUUACUGAGUAGAACUAAAGGCAGUUCUCUUGGGCAGCCCUCGUGUGUCCACUUGCUCCUGCCUAGUCUUUGGUCUUGAUGCAGUAUUAUAUAGGGCACUUUCUUUGGCCAAGACAGACUCGAUGGAUUCCUUUAAACCUUACUCUGGUCUGACAGAAGUCUGUCCCCCUAGGCUGUGGGUUCUUUCACCUGGGGCUUCCUCUACCCUGCUGGGUACAUCCCACCUGUGCGGCAGAAGGGGGAGCUACUGCUAUGAAGCCAGUAGUUUAGACCCAGGAGAGCCCAGCACCUCUUUUUAAGAGGGGGUGAUGGGGGGGUGAUGUUUUACCAGGGCAUUUCCCUGUCAGUUUAAGUCCUUGUUUGUCUCUUUCAGGAGGCUAAACGUCAGUGCAGGGGGAUCACUGGGUCUGACCAUGGUCUAUUUAGAAAAUAGGAGUGGUGAACUUUUCGGAUGAUGGAGGCAGUAGUAUUUGGGAGCAGAGUUGUCUACCCAAAUGUUGCUCUGAAUGACUGAUGGAACAAUUGUCUGUCCCCAGCAAAAGCUCCCUCUAGAACUUUGGUGAAAUUACUCUGACUUGGGCUUUUUCAGAGGGCCCAGUCUAUAAUUUAGGAUUGGUAAUCAGGAAGCUUUUGUGGAACAUUGCCAGGAGAAUGGAAGCUUCCCUGAGUCAAAAGAUAAAAUGAUUUUCAGGGCUAGUUGAUUAGCCUUCUUCCCUUUUGGUUCAUCCUGUCCUGACCGGGGGCACCAGUGGGGUAUUUUCCUACCAAUGUUUAGUAUUAAGAAACGGAAGUGUUUGAAGAGGCACAAUCCAGGAUCAUUCCAGUAGCACCGCAGUACUUGAACUCUUCAUCAAUUAAGGGCAAAAAGGGAAAUUGUUAAUUUAGCUCUGGUGCUUUAACUGAUGUCUGACAUCAUGAUACUCAAGUGUGCUCAGCUCUAGGUAGAGUUCCUGCAAUUAGGGGUUUCUGAUUAAAGAACAAUAACUGACCACUAGUCACUUUAUACCCCUUAACUAACUAUGGGUCAUCCUUUCACUGAUUACUGGUGUGAGAGCUGAGAUUCAUUUUGUUACCUUCUGGGAAGACCCUUGUUGGUCUUGAGAAUGUUUGAAGAACUGUGGUGUAAAGGUAGUCUGUAUUUUUGUUGACACUAUUCACAUUUCUUUGGCAUCUGUUGGAUCUUUGGGCUGAAUGAAAAGAUUUUGCAUAGAGGUGUGGGAAUGGGAUAUGGGUGGAGGGUGUGUGGAGGAUGCUUUGCGUUGGGGUUCUGUUCACAAAGGAAUAUGAGUGGAUUACUAAUGUCAACCAAGUUCCCAGCCUUGUUGAUUAUUGUGGUUGGGAAGUUGACAACCAGGUAUCUAAAGUAUUGCCUGGUAAGGCAUCUUUCUUCCUUCUCAUGCCCUUCCUGCUGUCGUUGUGGAGGGUUUCGUGGCUGGCUGGCAUGCUUCCUACUGCUAGUCUGUCAUUGCUCUCUGAUCGAAGAGGACGACACUCUGCACCAAAAAGCAGGUAGUUCCGGAAGCUAAAUGCUGCUUUCCAUCAUAAAUACUUUUCUCAUGAGAAUAUAUCUCUUCAUUAGCUAGUGAUUUCAAUUCAGACUAGUUUACUGAACAUACCUUUUCCUGAAGUCAACCCAGGUAGCAAUCUGUAAGUAACUAAGAGCAUUAAGAACCACACAUAUAAGAAACAUUAUUUUUAAACUUAAAACAAAAAACACUGAAUAUACUAAACCAAACUAAAACCUUCUGAUGUGAUUGAAUUCUUCCAUGGGUGUAUUCUUCCAUGAAUUCUUCCAUGGCUAUAUUCUCCUAUAGUCAUAGGCCUGACCGGAAUUAGAAUUCUCUAUCCCUAACAUUUCCCAGAAUUCACACAGCACAAAGUUGGAUUUACAGAGAUGGGUUAUCGUCAGGGUAGAUAAAGAUGGCCUAUGAAUUGCAGCCACAGCUUCAAGUGCUUACCUGAUGUGAGUAUUUCACUCUUCCUGCAGUCCUUCAAGGCAAACAGCUCCAUCUCACGAGAAAAUGAGCAAGUUCCUGAUGCAGCAUUGGCAAAUAUCCCUAGGCCUAGGUCAUGUAUGGAAGAGACUUUGGGAAUUCAGGCAUCAAAUGAAGUUGGCUUUUCUUUUUUACGCCUUGUUUGUAUUUUUCCAUGUCUAAUACACUAAGGACACUUACUCAUUGUACUUGCAGCUCAAUGUGUCUUUGCUGUUCGGAUACUAAAGUGUACUUCGGAGUCAUCAUGUACCAGGUGGUAGGUUGGACAUAAAUUGGCAUAAUUAGGCCUUGGUACUCAGAGAAGCUGGUCUCUUUACCAGGUCACAGACUAUCGAAGCAGAUUGUACUGGUCAUCUGACAAUGACAGCUUGAGGGUCAUUGUUUGCAUGCACUACUCUGGGGCCUUGUAUUGGAACCUUUUUUAAAAAAUAAACUAACAUGUUAGUG